CAGCAAGCGAAAGCCCUUGGAGACUCAUUGAAAGAUACAAGGGUCGAUUCUAUAUUCUGUUCUGAUCUCUUGAGAGCUCUAUGGACAGCUCAACAAAUUCAAAAACAUCAACCUGAGAAACCUUCUUUGACCAUUACGGAAUUAUUGCGUGAACAACAUUGGGGUGAAGCCGAACACAAACCAUGGGGAGAAGGAGGUUAUACUCGUGAACCCGGUCGACAUUUCAAAUUCCCAGGAGGAGAAUCCCUUACGGAUGUAAGACAUAGAGCUAAGCAAGCGAUCGCGGAUUUUAUAGAACCCAUCUUACAGACCAACCAUGGUCGACCGGCUAGUUCGAAACAUAUAGUAGUGGUAGCACAUGGGAUAUUCAACUCUGAAUUUAUCGGAGCUCUACUUUCCAGACGAAAAGGACAAGGAUCAUUUGAUUGGGGUUAUCGAGGUAUGACCAACACAGGUUGGACAAAACUUGAAGUCGGGUAUGCCGACGAAUCCCCCGAUUCACUUCCACAGCACAUGGAAACUCAUCCUAGAACCCCAAUCUCUCCUUCAUCCGAACCUUCCGAACCUCCUCCGGCGCAUGACAGGGGGGAAUUACCACCCCUCUCAGUGAAGAUAGUAUGUACGGAUAUCACUACUCAUCUUGAUAACGUUCAACGACCACCGGGAGGGUUAGGUAGACAAGGGUAUGAUGAGAAACAGGCAGAUAUCAGAAAAUUCUUCUCUGGAGGUGAUUGA